CUACUGUACGUCUUUUAUUCCAAGUCCCACUGCGACAAGGUAUCACAAAUGCAGUUCACCGCUAAGAAAAUUGGAUUUAGCCUCAGCCAGCUUCUUUGCAGGAUGGUUAGGGUGGAGGACAGCAACUCCGAUGGACGGCGAGGAUCGCCAAGUGAGGUGUUCUCUCAAGAAAUCAACUCUGCGCAUCGGAAAUCAAAAGACGACUCAAGAUGCAGUCGAUCCGUUGCCAUUGGUCUCGGUCUUUUAGCCACAGUGUUUCUUCUAUCCACAAUAGCUCUAGCUAUCGUUGUUGGAGUCAAGUACUCGAAGGACAAAGAUACCCUAGAAGACGCCUUGAAUCGACCUCACUUGGAUGCUCCACAAAGUAUACACUGGCCGCUGCCAUCCGGUAGUCUGUAUGCACAUUUUAAGAAAGCAGCUGUGGCUUCAGAUCACGGUCUGUGCUCCGAAAUUGGGCGGGACGUCUUGAUCGAUGGCGGAAAUGCUGUCGAUUCAAUGAUUGCCACUCUUCUUUGUAUUGGAGUUGUGAAUCCACAAUCCAGUGGUAUUGGUGGAGGAUUCCUUAUGACUUUGUAUAAUGCAUCUACCGGACGCUGUCAGACCAUAAAUGCUCGCGAAACUGCACCGUUAUCUGCUACUCAAGAUAUGUUCGUGAACGACACGACACAGGCAGUUUACGGCUACCGCGCAAUUGCAACACCUUCUGAAUUGCAUGGAUUUUGGACAGUAUUCAAGAGAUUUGGAUCUCAAAAGGUUAAAUGGUCUCGGCUGUUUGAACCCUCCAUCAAAUUGGCCAUGCAAGGAUUCCCUGUUUCGAGUAACUUGGCUAUGCAGCUUAGAGAUAAAGAGAGUCUUGUACAAGCUGAACCAACUAUGAAAGAAAUUUUCGUCGACAGAGCAACGGGACGAGUAUAUGAAGAAGGUGACAUUAUGAGAAGAGAGCGAUUAGGAUUCACUCUGCAGCUCAUCGCUAAUGCCACUGAUCCUGUAGAGUUGUUCUAUAAAGGUGGAAUGGCGCAAACAAUUGCCGGAGAGAUCACUGAGAAUGGUGGAAUCAUUACCCAAAAAGAUCUGGCUAGUUAUGAGACAUUUAUCGAUGACAUACCCUUAAUUGCUACCGGACUACCUGGUGAUCUGGAAAUGUGUGGACCACCACCACCAUCAUCCUUCGUCAUCACCCAGAACAUCAUCGCUGUGAUGGCAGAAUUCUACCGAGAUGGGAAAGUGAACCUAAACGACCCUAUGGUCUACCAUCGCCUAAUUGAAGCGGAAAAGUUUGCUUAUGCACAGCGCACAAAACUCGGGGAUGUCAGAUUUGUAGAAAGCGCAAAGGCUCUGGUGGCUAAUAUGAGCACACCGAAAUACACAAAAUGGAUCGCAUCAAUGAUCAAAGACACGGCUCAACCGAAGGAGUACUAUCUAGGAGAUGACACUACGCAGCCUGCACUUGAACUAGAAGAGGUUCCCGACCACGGAACAUCACAUGUCACGGUGAUUGAUCAUGACGGGAACGCCGUUUCGUGUACGUCGACGAUAAAUCAGAUCUUCGGCUCCAUGCGUGCUUCACAAACGCUGGGCAUCAUUUGGAACGAUGAGAUGGACGACUUCUCCACUCCUGGCGCCGCUAACGCCUUCGGAUUCGCUCCCUCACCGUCGAACUUCAUCGCACCCGGCAAGCGACCGAUGAGCAGCAUGACCCCGAUGAUCGUCUACAACAAAAAUGAAAACAAUGUCGUCAUGGUGGCUGGUGCAUCUGGUGGUUCUUACAUCAUCUCUGCUACUGCACAAACUGUAAUUCGCACAAUGCUGUUCAAUCAGACUGUAAAGGAGGCUGUUGAUGCACCACGAAUGCACAAUCAGUACCUUCCCCACGUGACUCAGUAUGAAGAGCCAGUACCACCGGAGAUCAUCGCUGUACUGGCCGAUCAGUACAAACAGAAUUUCACAAUGGUCGACAAGCAAAAAUCUGUGGUACAAGCAUUGGAAGUUCAUCAAGAUGGGUACAUCCACGGCAACAGCGAUUUCCGACGGCAAACUGCAACCUACCCAGCCGGUUACUAACUCCUCUGGAAGAUUCGCUUCUGACAUCCUCCUUAACGAAACUCUAGUCCAAGUCUUCGGAUCAAGCGUUAGCUACCGUAUCUCAGAAUGGCGACGGAUCGUCGCUGCGAUUCUCGUUCUCCUACUUGCAUUCCUCACAAGCAGUAUUGACAUGGCCUCGCACAGCUACCCUCGCUAGAUUGUUUUUCAUCCAAAGAUUCUGACAAGUUUCAAGCGUAGAUAUGACUGAUACUCGGGUUUAUAUUUGUACAUAUAUCGAUAUCGAUUGAUCUUAUGCACUUGACACUUACCAAACGACAACUUUAAUCUUUCGUGUUCACUCGUCGUUGACAAAUCCCAUGUCAAAUCAUCGUGAUAAUAGCAUUCUUGACAUAAAUAAAUGUUACAACAUCC